UCGAGCUAUCUUUUAGCCCUAAGGAUUUAAGAAAUACUUUAGUAAUUGCUCUGCAAGUAAUGUUCUGAAGCCUGGCUUUGGCUGGCAGCCUCGCCUGGCACCCUACGUAUAACCUGACCUUCUAAACAAAUCUCAAAUGUCACAACUAAGUGUAUGAAGUAAGGCUGGCCGUCCUAUUGCCUUGCCCACAGAGCUGGCAAUCAGCGUAGUAUGACUGAAAGCAUGUGAGCUACAGAAUAAACCUGGGAAAGGGGCAAGGCCCACAGUCCUCCGCUGCUGCAAGUUGGGUAAGGCCUGGAGCAGGCCUGAAGAAACCUAUGUAAGUUGUGAUGGCUUUGUUUGCCCUGAGAGGUGUGUAGUUGUUAGUGGCUUGUUGCCAUAGGGCAAGUUCCUCCUGCUUUGCAUUCCCUGAACUGGAUGAAAUUGGGGAUGAUGCCCGAUCUCCACCUGCAGAGCAGUGCUGAGGCAAGCAGGCUUACCUUUCACUCAUGAUGUGCCUCUGGAUGGCCAGCCAGAUGUCUGACCGCUCGUGGUAGUGCCGCUGGCGAGGGCUGUAGCAAGCAGACGCCCCUUGUUGUGCUGUGCCGGAGCUGACGUGGCCACUUGCCUGGUGAAUGAUAAGUGAAUGCCAUCAAGAGCUGAGCUUUCUGCAGACACCAGGGCAUUAGCCUUAUGCCUUGGCCAAGCUCCAGCUUGGGCAAUUCCACUCAGACUGUUUAAACGCUCCCUGUUGCUUUUGCCAGGCACAAGGCUCUGCUCGUCUGCCUGCGAGCCCUUAGAGAGUUGCUGAGGGCUGUUAAACAGCUGCUACUCUCACUCCUUGGCUGUUUUCUUGCUGGAAAUAGAGAUUUUGUCUGCAGAGUCUGUUGGGACUAUGAAAGAGGCUCUGUUUAUGUCAAGCAAUUGAUUUGCCAAUAAAGAGCUGCUGCUGAGCUGCCAUGGGAAACACCACCAGCGAGCGACUGUCUGGGGAGCGCCAUGGCUCCAAGUCCCACCGCUCGGAUGGCUCUGGUGCUCCCCACUCUAGCAAAGAACAUCCACACAAGAUCAUGGUGGGCAGCACCGACGACCCCAGUGUUUUCAGCUCUCAUGACUCCAAGAUUCCUGGGGAUAAGGAGUUCAUGUCAUGGCAGCCGGAUCUGGAGGAGGCAGUGAAACCAUCCCAGCAGGCUCGUCCCACUGUCAUCCGCUGGGCUGAUGGGGGCAAAGAGGUCUUCAUCUCCGGGUCUUUCAACAACUGGAGCACCAAGAUCCCACUCAUCAAGAGCCACAAUGACUUUGUCGCUAUCCUGGACCUUCCUGAAGGAGAGCACCAGUACAAAUUUUUUGUGGAUGGCCAGUGGGUCCAUGACCCUUCUGAGCCUGUAGUCACCAGCCAGAUGGGGACAAUUAACAACCUGAUUCACGUCAAGAAGUCUGACUUUGAGGUGUUUGAUGCUUUGAAGGUGGAUUCUCUGGAGAGCUCAGAAACCUCAGGUCGGGAUCUGUCAAGCUCACCGCCUGGGCCUUAUGGCCAAGAAAUGUAUGUCUACCGGCCUGAGGAGCGCUUCAAAUCCCCACCCAUCCUCCCACCUCAUCUCCUCCAGGUCAUCCUCAACAAAGACACCAACAUCUCGUGUGAUCCAGCUCUGCUGCCCGAACCCAACCACGUCAUGCUCAACCACCUCUAUGCACUUUCUAUCAAGGACGGCGUGAUGGUGCUCAGUGCCACGCACCGCUACAAGAAGAAAUAUGUCACCACACUGCUGUGCAAGCCCAUCUGAGCUGGGGCCUCACCUGCCCCCCCCCCCAACGCAGGACACAAAAAUGCCACUUGUUUCUGCAUACACUGGGCCACAGGACUGUGUGAGAACUGGCCACUGACUGCAGCCUUUGAACCUGGCAGGGACACAAGCCCCAGCACCGAAGCCAGGCCUGCUGGGGCCUGUGACACUGUCCCAUCCUACUGGUGUGGUUUGAUUUAACCCUUUUGUUUCUACCCA